AUGGCUCCACAGGAUACCUUCUUCCGCUCGUCGGACAUGAGUUUAACCCAGCUCUACAUUGCCAACGAAAUCGGAAGAGAGGUUGUGAGUGCUUUGGGCGAGCUUGGUCAAGUGCAGUUCAGAGAUUUGAACCCCGAUACCAAUGCCUUUCAACGCACGUUUACUAAAGAGAUCCGCCGCCUUGACAAUGUUGAGAGACAACUCCGUUAUUUUCGUACCCAGAUAGAGAAGGCGUCGAUUCCCAUGCGGCCCUCUACGGACUUCUCCGAUACUCUGGCUGCUCCCCUCGCCUCGGAAAUAGAUGAGCUGGCUGAACGCAGCGAAAGCCUCGAACAACGCAUCGCCUCCCUGAAUGAUAGCUAUGAGACCCUGAAGAAGCGCGAAGUCGAGCUUUCGGAAUGGCGCUGGGUUUUGAGAGAGGCCGGUGGAUUCUUCGAUCGGGCCCAUACCCAAACCGAAGACAUCCGUCAAUCCUUUGACAACGACGAGGCGCCUUUGCUCCGCGAUGUUGAGCAGCAUGCUCCUCGUGGUGCCAACGGUGACACUCAAGGCCAGCAGAGCUUUUCUGAGAUGAAUAUCGGCUUCGUGGCUGGUGUAAUUCCCCGUGAUCGGAUCGGUGCUUUCGAGAGAAUUCUCUGGCGUACCUUGCGUGGCAACCUUUACAUGAACCAGUCCGAAAUUCCGGAACCCAUUAUUGAUCCCACUACGAACGAAGCGAUUUACAAAAACGUUUACGUGAUUUUCGCUCACGGUUCAAGCAUCCUAGCCAAGAUUCGCAAAAUCGCAGAGUCAUUGGGUGCUUCCUUGUACGGCGUUGAUGAGAAUAGCGAGCUAAGAAGGGAUCAAAUCCACGAAGUCAACACCCGACUGGGAGAUGUUGGAAGUGUCCUUCAAAAUACAAAAAAGACCUUGGAUGCCGAGCUCUCACAAAUCGCACGGUCGCUUGUGGCUUGGAUGAUCAUCGUCAAGAAGGAGAAGGCGGUCUAUGACACUCUGAAUAAAUUUUCCUAUGAUCAGGCGCGCAAGACGCUGAUUGCGGAAGCUUGGUGCCCCACCAAUUCUCUCGGUCAGAUCAAGUCGACAUUGCAAGAUGUCAACGAUCGUGCUGGUUUGUCUGUCCCUACCAUCGUCAACCAGAUCCGCACCAACAAGACCCCGCCUACCUAUGUUCGGACAAACAAGUUUACCGAAGCCUUCCAAACAAUCGUCAAUGCUUAUGGUAUUCCGAAAUAUUCGGAAGUCAACCCUGGUAUCUACACGGUCGUGACCUUCCCUUUCCUCUUUGCUGUCAUGUUCGGUGAUCUCGGCCACGGUUUCAUUAUGGCCUCGGCUGCCUCGGCUCUUAUUUUCUUUGAGAAGAAACUGCUUCGUACCAAGCUUGAUGAAAUCUCGUACAUGGCGUUUUACGGACGAUACAUCAUGUUGCUGAUGGGUAUUUUUGCCAUGUAUACUGGUGUGCUUUACAACGACAUUUUUUCCAAGUCCAUGACUUUCUUCAGCAGUUCAUGGGAGUGGCCAGAGGAUAUCAAGGCUGGACAGUCUGUCGAGGCUACCCUCAAGGGUGAUUAUCGGUUCCCCAUCGGUCUGGACUGGAAUUGGCACGAAGCCGAAAACUCUUUACUUUUCUCCAACAGUAUGAAGAUGAAGAUGAGUGUUUUGCUUGGCUGGAGUCAUAUGACUUUUGCUCUUUGCUUCCAGCUUGUCAACGCGCGCCAUUUCAAAUCCAAGGUGGAUAUCUGGGGUAACUUUGUUCCCGGCAUGCUUUUCUUCCAAUCCAUCUUUGGUUACCUUGUCGUCACCGUCCUCUACAAGUGGUCGGUGAACUGGCAAGAGAGUGACGCAUCUCCCCCGAGUUUGCUCAACAUGCUCAUCUUCAUGUUCCUGAAACCAGGCUACGUUGAACAGCCACUCUACCGUGGCCAGGGAACGGUUCAGCAACUCCUGCUUCUUAUCGCCGUGAUCCAAGUGCCCAUCAUGCUUUUCCUCAAGCCUUUCUGGCUUCGUCAUGAACAUAACCGUGCUCGUGCCUUGGGAUAUCGGGGUCUUGGCGAGCAAUCUCGUGUCAGUGCCCUUGAAGACGACGGUGAUAUGGACGGCGGCUAUAGUGCGGCUCGAGACAGUCUAGCCAGUGAUGGCGAAGGCGUUGCCAUGAUUGCCCAAGACAUCCACGAAAGUGAUGAGCACGGGGAGUUUGAGUUUGGUGAUGUCAUGAUCCACCAAGUUAUCCACACUAUCGAGUUCUGCCUCAACUGUAUCUCUCAUACUGCCUCAUACCUGCGUCUCUGGGCUCUCUCCCUUGCCCACCAACAGCUUUCUAUCGUCCUAUGGACCAUGACCCUCGGCUCUGCCCUCGAACAGGAAGGUGGUUUCAUCCGGGUCUUCAUGAUCGUGGUCUGCUUCUGGCUAUGGUUCGUCCUAUCAUGUAGUGUACUCGUGGGUAUGGAGGGUGUGUCCGCAAUGUUGCACUCCCUUCGUUUGCAUUGGGUCGAGGCGAUGAGCAAGCAUUUCAUGGGCGAGGGUAUCCCUUUCUUGCCGUUCAGCUUCAAGACUUUACUGGAAGAUGACCCUGUCGACUAG